CCCUCGCCCCACUCGCCCCGCCUCCGCCCUCCUUCACCUUCACACUACACCUGUGUAGACGCAGCAUUCGCAAAGCUCGACGCAACAUGGAUGCACUCAAGACUUCUGGGCCUCAGCAUGACAAUGGACACAAUAACAGCCGAGAGCAAAAAGGGAGCCUCGCACACUCCACCCUGGCGCUGGUGGACGGGCGGCCCGAGGGCGAAGACCCCUGGGAUCUGCCCGAGCUGAAAGACGCGGGCGUGCCGUGGUCGGCUUUGGACACCAGCGGGAAAGUGCUGAGGGUGUCGUUGUCGGUGUUGAAAGUGGCCGCGCUGCUGGGCCUCCUCUACAUGUUCAUCUGCUCGCUCGACGUCCUCAGCUCGGCCUUCCAGCUGGUCGGAGGCAAAGCGGCGGGCGACAUUUUCCAAGACAGCGCUGUGCUGUCCAACCCGCUGGCCGGGCUGGUCAUCGGCGUCCUGGUCACGCUGCUGGUUCAGAGUUCGUCCACUUCGUCCUCCAUCGUCGUCAGCAUGGUUUCCUCCGGAUUGCUAACAGUCCAACUGGCCGUUCCGAUCAUCAUGGGUACCAACAUUGGCACCUCGGUCACCAACACACUGGUCGCCAUGACGCAGGCUGGGGACCGCAGAGUCUUUCGCAGGGCGUUUGCAGGGGCCACAGUGCACGACUUCUUCAACUGGCUGUCGGUUCUGGUGCUGCUGCCUCUGGAGGUCGCCACUGGCUACUUGUACCAUGUCACCAAGCUCAUCAUCGACUCCUUCCACAUCCAGAGCGGGGAGGCCCCCGACCUGUUGAACGUCAUCACCGAUGUCCUCACCGAUUCUAUCAUAAAGCUGGACAAGUCGGUCUUGAGCGAAAUAGCCACAGGAGAUCCAGCAGCUCGGAACAAAAGUCUCAUCAAGAGGUGGUGUGAAACUUAUACCAACGUGAGCACCGUCAAUGUCACAGUUCCUGGUCCAGAGAACUGCACCUCGCCUUCACUGUGCUGGUUCGACGGCAACUACACCUUCACGCCGAAGAACAUUUCGCAGACGUACAAGAUCAAGAAAUGCGACCACCUCUUCGUAGACCUGAACCUGUCCGACAUGGCGGCGGGUCUGAUCCUUCUGGCUCUCUCCCUGUUGGUGUUGUGCUCCUGCCUGCUGCUUAUCGUCAAGCUGCUCAACUCCAUGCUCAAGGGUCAAGUGGCCACGAUCAUUAAGAAAAUACUCAACACCGAUUUCCCCUUCCCCUUUGGAUGGGUCACAGGGUACAUCGCCAUUUUAGUCGGAGCCGGGAUGACCUUCAUCGUGCAGAGCAGCUCUGUUUUUACCUCCGCUAUCACCCCGCUUGUUGGUAUCGGCGUCAUCAGCAUCCAGAGGGCGUAUCCAUUGUCUCUCGGUUCCAACAUUGGCACCACCACCACCGCCAUCUUGGCAGCCAUGGCCAGUCCGGGGGAGACAUUGGGCAACGCUCUGCAGAUUGCCCUGGUACACUUCCUGUUCAACAUCUCCGGCAUCAUUCUGUGGUAUCCGAUUCCGUUCACCCGAUUCCCCAUCCGACUGGCCAAAGGCUUGGGAAACAUCACGGCCUCCUACCGCUGGUUUGCCGGCGUCUACAUCAUCUUCUGCUUCUUCCUUCUGCCGCUGCUCGUCUUUAGCCUGUCGCUGGCCGGGUGGCAGGUUCUGGUGGGCGUGGCGUGCCCGCUGGUGUUCCUCCUCGUCGCCGUCGUCGUCAUCAACGUGCUGCAGAAGCGGAAGCCCGGGUGUCUGCCGGCGGCGUUGCGGUCUUGGGACUUUCUGCCGCUUUGGGCUCACUCUCUGGAGCCGUGGGACAAAGUGGUGACCGCGUUCAUUGCCAAGUGUUGCUGCUGCUGCAGAUGCUGCAACGCCGUCGGAGAUCCAGACCGCGACGACAAGAAACGAGCGUACGACAACCCUGCGAUGUGCGCGGAGAAAGAGGUGGAAAGUGAGAUCAAGAUCAAGUUAAACACUCUGAAAAUCACCAAACUCUGAGUUUUCCUCGCAUACGUCGGUUGCAAUAAGGCAUGUUGUUGUACAAGAUGAACAUAUUUAUGUCUUCACUAGAUUAUUUAAUGUCAUGCAAAAUGGCGUAACUGUGAGCUGACUCUGGCAAACGCCUGUCAAUAAAUGUACACUCCAAAUGAUAUUCGCAUAUCCGUGUACAGCCUUAAAUCGCACUUUUGUUCCAUUUGUAACUCUACUUAACGUUUCUAUAUUUUCAUCAUCGUUUGUAUUA